AUGUCAACCACUCAACCACCUAGGCCCCUCCCCCAGUUCCGAGCCGAAUACCUGCGACGAUGCACCGAUGACCUCUACAAGUGGCAGGCGGCCAAUCGCACCGGCGACAAGUUCGUCUUGCACGACGGCCCCCCCUACGCCAACGGCGGCCUCCACGUCGGCCACGGCCUCAACAAGGUCCUCAAGGACAUGAUCCUGCGCGUCCAGGUCCAGGAGGGCCGCCGCGUCGAAUACCGCCCGGGCUGGGACUGCCACGGCCUGCCCAUCGAGCUCAAGGCCCUCGGCGAUGCCCAGGGCAAGGGCAUCGCCGAGGGCAAGGGCAUCGCCGAGGGCAAGGGCAUCGCCGAGGGCAAGGGCAUCGCCGAGGGCAAGGGCAAGGGCAUGACCGCUGUCGAGAUCCGCACGUCGGCCCGCGCCCUCGCCGCCAAGACGGUGCUCGAGCAGAUGGACGCUUUCCGCUCCUUUGCCGUCAUGGCCGACUGGGACGCGCGAUGGACCACCAUGGACCCCGACUACGAGAUACGGCAGCUGCGCCUGUUCCAGCAGAUGGUGCGAGACGGCCUCAUCUACCGCAAGCACAAGCCCGUCUACUGGUCGCCCUCGUCGCGCACCGCCCUCGCCGAGGCCGAGCUCGAGUACAACGAGAACCACGUGUCGACGGCCGCCUACAUCCGAUUCCCCAUCGCCGCCGACGCCAACGCCAUCAUGGACGAGGUCCGGCACGCGAGAGGCUUGGAGGGCCGAAACCUCUACGCCAUCAUCUGGACGACGACACCCUGGACCCUCCCCGCCAACCGGGCCAUUGCCGUGCACGACGAGCUCGACUACCACGUCGUCGCCAUCCACGGCGAUGCGUACAUUGUGGCGCAGCAACGAAGCGAGAUCCUCGACACCCUCUUUCCCGACACCCGCCGCGAGAUUCUGUGGUCGACCAAGGGCGCCAACCUCAAGCAGCUGCGGUACGCCAACAGGCUGCGGGGCAAGUCAUCCGCCUCGCAACCCGUCAUCCACGCCGACUUUGUGUCGGCCGACGCGGGCUCGGGCCUCGUUCACUGCGCCCCCGGCCACGGCUUCGACGACUACGCCGUCUGCUCUGGCCUCGGCAUCGACGCCGCGGCCCCCAUCGACGACGAGGGCCACUUCACCAGGGACGCCUUUCCCGACGCCCCGGAACGCCUCACCGACGCCUCUCCCAUCCUCAAGGGCGGCAGCAAGGCCGUGCUGGCGCUCCUCGACGAGCACGCCGACGUGCUGCACGUCGAGAGGUACAGGCACAAGUACCCCUACGACUGGCGCACCAAGCAGCCCGUCGUCGUCCGCGCCACGCAGCAGUGGUUCGCCGACGUCGACAGCAUCAAGGCCGGCGCCCUCGCCGCCCUCGAGCACGUCAGGUUCGUGCCCGACGCCGGCCGCAAGAGGCUCGAGAGCUUCGUCGCCGGCCGCAGCGAGUGGUGCAUCUCGCGCCAGCGCGCCUGGGGCGUGCCCAUCCCCGCGCUCUACGACGCCGAGGGCCGCGCCGUCGUCACCGACGAGUCGGUCGACCACAUCAUCUCGGUCGUUCGCGCGCGCGGCAUCGACGCCUGGUUCGCCGACCCGCCGGGGGAGCCCGCCUGGAUCGCGCCCUCUCUGAACAAGAACAAGGAAACCACCACCACCUACCGCCGCGGCACCGACACGAUGGAUGUCUGGUUUGACAGCGGCAGCAGCUGGACGCUGGGCGAGGGGCCGGCCGAUGUCUAUCUCGAAGGCUCGGAUCAGCACCGCGGCUGGUUCCAGUCGAGUCUCCUCACCUACGUCGCCGCGCAGAAGGCCUCUGCCUCGUCGGCCUCUGCCUCGUCGGCCUCUGCCUCGUCGGCCCCUGCCUCGUCGGCCUCUGCCUCGUCGGCCUCUGCCUCGUCGGCCUCUGCCUCGUCGGCCUCUGCCUCGUCGGCCCCUGCCUCGUCAGCCUCUACCUCGUCGGCCCCUGCCUCGCCGUCGGCCUCCUCUCCCUUCAAGACGCUCAUCACCCACGGCUUCACCCUCGACGCCAAGGGCAACAAGAUGUCCAAGUCCCUGGGCAACAUCAUCUCGCCGGCCCAGGUCAUGGACGGCACCCUGCUGCCGCCGCUCAAGCUCCGCGGCGAGGCGAAGAAGGCGGCCAAGGGUCCCGUGUAUGAUGCCCUGGGCCCCGACGCCCUGCGCUUGUGGGCCGCCUCGUCCGAGUUCACCAAGGAUGUGGCCAUUGGCGAAACGACGCUCAAGUCGAUCCACUCGGUUCUCAUCCGCUACCGCACCAUUCUGCGCAUGCUCCUCGGUUCCAUGCACCCGGCGGCCCGCACCGCGCCGCUGACCGCCGCCGACAGCAUCGCGCUCGUGCAGCUCGAGGACGUGACGGCCGACGUGCGCGCCGCCUUUGCCGCCCACGAGUUCUACCGGGCCUUUGCCGCCAUCAACCGCUGGGUCGCCAACGACCUGUCGGCCUUCUACCUCGAGGCGUCCAAGGACAGGCUCUACUGCGGCGACGGCGGCGGCGUCAUCGAGCCCGUCUUCCACGGCUUGCUGCGCAUGCUCGCCCCCAUGGCGCCCCUCCUCGUCGAGGAGGCCUGGGCGCACCGGCCCGCGUGGAUGCAGCAGGACGCCUCCCUGACGCACCCGCUGCGCGCCCUCGCGUCGACGCCCCUCUUCGACCGCGCCAGACUGACCCACGCCCCGGCGGGGAUCCUGAGGGACCUCCCCCCCCCUGGGUUAAAUGAGGGGGGGGGAAACACUCCUCCCGUGGAGUGGGGGGGGGUGAUACUAAGAAGGGCCUUCGAGGUCGACGGUGCCAGGGGCGUGGUCGGCGUGCUGCCGCCCCAGGGGUGCAAGUGCUCGCGGUGCUGGCGCUACGUCGCCGAGGCGGAGGACAGUCUCUGCGGGCGGUGCGAGGAGGCCGUCGAGGCGCUGGAGGCCGGCGAGGGCCAGCCGUGA